GAGACAUCUCCCAGAUACCUAGUCUGAAGAGCCAGCUUCUCCAUCACUACCUCUGUGCUACACAGACACCUUAGUGUAGGACGAUGCUCCUCCUGUUUUCACUUCUCUUGUGUGCCGUGAAGGCAUCCUCCUCAGAGCUGACCACCUGUGAGGAUGUCCAGAAGGUCUCUGUGCUCGCCUGUGGCAGCCCAGGCAGAGAUGGUCGAGAUGGAGCCAAGGGAGACAAAGGAGAUCCAGGUGAGGGGCUCCGGGGCUUGCAGGGCCCUCCAGGGAAAAUGGGGCCUCCGGGACCUUUAGGAGCAAGAGGCCCCAAAGGAGACCCUGGAAACAGCUUUGUUUCCCAGGCUAAGCUGGAUGCCUUAGAGAAGGAAAUACACAAGCUAAAGUCAGAACUGGACCAGGUCAAAAAAUUGCAAGCCUUCUCUUUGGGCAAAAUCCCUGAGACGAAAUUCUACAUGAGCAGUAGCAGGAAAGUGCCUUUCGCCAAAGCAAAGGUUCUGUGUGCGGAGCUAGGGGCCACAGUGGCUGUCCCCAAGAAUGCUGAGGAGAACAAGGCCAUUCAAAGUGUGGCCAAAGACACAGCCUUCCUGGGCAUCACAGACGAGGAGGUCGAAGGCAAGUUCACCUACGUGACUGGCGGCGGGAGGCUGGUCUACAGCAACUGGAAGGCGAAUGAGCCGAAUGACCACGGCUCUGGGGAAGACUGUGUGUGCAUGCAGGUGGACGGGCUCUGGAAUGACAUCUCCUGCUCCAACUCCUUGCACUUUGUCUGUGAAUUCCCGGCCUGA